AUGGGCGCAUUCGAUCCUUCGUAUCUGGCCUUGAACUCCUUGCGCGCCGCCUCGAUAGUCACGCAGCAUGACGAGCGGGCGGCGAAACGGAGGAAGCUGCGCGCGAUUCGAGAACGAUCAACGACCGACACCAGCGUUGACUUGGAAGAGCACGACCCGGCUCCCAGCGUGGUGACCGGCACGCGAGUCCCUCCAACAAUCCCCAACUCCACCUUACUCGAGCACGUUGCCACAUCGCGCUUCUUCCAUCACUAUGUGUCCGCCGAUCGAACCUUUUGCCGGCUCGACCUCGACUUUACCACCUUCAUCAUCGACAAUGCCAUGAUGCGCGCUGCGCUCGCGGAGUGCAUCAUUGCCUUGGGCAUCUUGACUCUCCCGCGACGCUCGGAGGCGUCGUGCAUGGCGGCAAGGCUGCGAUAUGCGAGGGCUUUGCGACUUACGAAUCAUGCUCUGCGCGACAAGGCCGAAGCGAAAUCCGAUGAGAUCCUGAUGGCCGUAAUUCUUCUUUCAUUCUUCGAAGUUCGUCCCUUCUCCGUCCGAUUGUACACGACCCCCGAUGACGAGCAUUCUCUAGCUAGCUGGACUGCACACCUUGACGGUGCGAGAAUGCUGCUUCGAAUCCGUGGGCGAGACCUGCUACAGCGUGGGCCGACGUAUCGAAUGUUCAGUAUUCUACGCGCACAAAUUCUUGUGAAUUGUCUCAUGACGAUGCAGCCCGUGCCUCAGGAUCUCAUCGAUCUUUCGAUAGACAUCAGCCAAACGCAAAGCGAGGACGAAAGAGCGGGCAGCGAAGUCGUUCUCCUCUUCGCACGGCUGUGCAAUCUAUUCGCUUCCUCUCGAGACGCCAAAACCCAAAGCCGAGAAGAAGUACUCGCCCAUGCGAUAGCCUUGGACAACGACUUGAUCCACUGGUCGCAAAGUCUUCCACCCAGCUACAACUACACCACCGAACCCGCGCCGCCUUCCUCCAACGCUUUCACCGCGUACUGCGAAGUAUACUCCUCCUUGUUCUCCGCGGAAGUCUGGAACCUCUAUCGAUCCGCACGGCUGGGCGUCAACGGCCUGAUCAUGGAGCAACAAUCUCUCCUAGAUCUCGAACUCGCCCAGCAGCAGCAGCAGCCAGCAUACACUAGUGCGCCUCCAUCGCGCGCGCGCUCGGACAGCGCAACAGCCAGCCCCGGCCUCGACGUCCGCCUCGCAGUCCUCGAGUCCCUACGCAACGACAUCUGCGCCGGCACACCGUUCAUGCUCGGCCGACACGGCGGCGAUCGCGCCCUCUCCGACAUCCCAUUGUGCAGGCGCACGCCCGUCAUGCAUCAUCUUCUCUACAUCCUCAAGACGGCGGGCAUCACGAAGGAAAUGUACAACUGGGCGAUGGCGCAGGUCGCCGAGCUCACGCCCGAUGCAGAAGGCGCGGACGGCGCGAUAUGCGACCCCAAAACGCUCACGAGGACGGCGAAGUGAGACGUUCCGGAGAACGGGUCGUGAUUCUGCCGGAGGAUAGGGAACUUGUCAUGCAAAUGGCGAGACUCCGCCAGCAUAGUCAGUUAUAGUCAGAUACCCAGCGACGAUAAUGUCACUUGACGGUCCCGCACAAAGUGCUUGCAUCUUCGGCAGCCCCGUGUGUCAGCAACAUGCAUGCCUGUAAGGCGGACGGGAGAUCGACGAUUGAUGAAAGAUCACGCAGUUACCGGAGUCGGGCAUGCGUGUGCCGAUCACUCGGCGCGUCCGUGGCUGAGGCAGUCUAGAUUA